CUAUAAAAUUUUUGGUAUAGAACGCGAAAGUUUUUUAGUUCAAUUUAAUUUUAAUGUAGAGCUGCAAAUAGGGCCUCAGUUUUGGUCUGCCACCCCCGUUGCCUACGCUCAUGGGAAGAGUUUUGUUAUUAUUGUUGUUGUCGAUAACAGCGGCGACAUGCCGGCGACGACGGGUUUUUUAAGUAGAUGCGAAAUACUCAUUUAUUUUGGCGUUUAUAUUGUUUACAUUGUGAUUGGUCUGUAUAAGAUCUACGAGUUGCGGGAUCGCAUCUUGGAUGCAGCCCAGUUUCAGUUCUCCGAAGGAUGGAGCCUAUUCCCGUUUACCCAACGUCGUCGAGAUGAUAGCAACGAUGAGUUGGAGAAUUUUGGCGAUUUUAUUGCCAAAUUCUGGCCAUACUAUGUACUCCAUGUCAUUGUGAGUGGAUUUCUCCAUAGUAGAUGGCCAAAGUUUCUCUGUUAUGGUUAUGCCGGUGUGUGUGCUUUGGCGUUGGGAUUGCAUCUGCACUGGUCCUCUCUGGCAGUGUUUGUGACACUUGUGGCUAGCUACUAUUUGAUUGAACAAAUUUUUAAAGUCCGCAAACGGCAUGUCUGGCUGUUGUCCGUGGCUUGGAUUAUGUGGAUCAAUGUGUUGAAAAAUAGUAACUGGUGGUAUGAAAGCGUUGGCUAUGCUGAAUAUGUCCUGGUGAUAGUAACACUCUCGUGGAGUUUGCUGCGUGGCUGCAGCUAUGCUCUGGAAAGGAUCGCCGCUAAGGAGACCAAAGCUGAUCAAUCCAGUUAUGAGCUGAAACACUAUUUGGGAUAUGCCAUGUAUUUUCCGUGCCUAGCCUAUGGACCCAUUAUCAGUUAUCCACGAUUUGCAGCAAGGCAGGACCAAGACUCGGCAAAAGCACAGGACUGGACGAAACUUGCAGUUGCAGUUUUACGGAGCGGCUUUUGGUGGCUAUUGAUGCAGUGCGCUCUCCAUUACUUCUACAUUUACUACAUGGCCAGGGAUGCGAAAAUGGUGGCAAUGAUGGAUUCAGUAUUCUGGCAGCAUUCUGCUGGCUAUUUUAUGGGUCAGUUCUUCUUUCUUUAUUAUGUGGUUACCUAUGGCUUAGGCAUAGCGUUUGCGGUGCACGAUGGAAUCUCAGCACCAUCGCGUCCUCGAUGCAUAGGCCGGAUUCACUUCUACUCUGACAUGUGGAAAUAUUUCGAUGAGGGGCUCUAUGAAUUCCUCUUUAAGCAUAUCUACUGCGAGCUCUGUGGAAAGCAAUCAUCUCCAGCUGCUAAAAUCUGCGCGACUGCCCUAACCUUUGCCUUUGUCUUCGUAUGGCAUGGCUGUUACACGUAUGUCCUCAUCUGGAGUGUUCUCAACUUUUUCUGCCUAGCAGCUGAGAAAGUCUACAGAGCAUUAAUAUCGAUGCCCCGCUAUAGCGACUGGACUCUUCGACACUUGGGCCCGGUGGGCUCUCAGCGACUGCAUGCUGUCCUAGCCACACAACUCUUCAUUCCCGCCGCCUUCUCCAAUGUUUACUUUAUUGGUGGCCAAGAAAUCGGUGAUUUUCUAAUGCGUGGCGCCUAUCUAAGUGGUGUGGGAAAUUAUUUGGCCCUGUGCUUUUGCAGUUAUUGCUUCUUUCAAUGCUCUGAACUUCUGGUUAUAACCAGGACCAAGACUAACACAAAAUCCAAUUAAUUGUUAGAACAUAAGAGUAAAAAGUAUUUUGUAUAUACGAGUAA